UUUGCUUCAGCAAAGACGUGGUACAUCGAUGGAACUUUCAAGAUUGUUUCCAAGCCUUUUGUGCAGAUGUUAUCGAUCCACUUCUUUGCCAGAUGUGUUUGCCAGGAUUUUGGAGCUGUUGCCAUCGCCCCCUGUAACCGAGCUGCUAGUUGCAGACUUCGAGGAGGGAAAGUGGAGAGCUGCGAAGUCUGUGUUGCGUGGCGUCCGGAUACACGGUUGUACUUUUCACUGGAGACAAGCAGUAUGGGGUCAUGUUCAGGAGCUUGGAUUAUAGAUGGAUUAAUGCCAGCGGGAUGGUGUAUUCAAACACCAUCAUCGUGGACCGUCUACCGUAUGGCUGUGAGGACAAACAACAACGUCGAAGGAUGGCACCACCGCAUCAGCAGGAGAGCCCAGAAGUCCAGCCUGCCCUUCUAUGUGCUUGUGAUUCUUCUCUUCAAGGAAACCGCCAGCAUCCCGAACCAGCUUAAGAUGAUCAGCGAGGGAAAACUCCGGAGAUACCAACGAAAGACUACAAGACUUCUACAGUGCUGCAUCAACCAACUUUGGGACAACUACAACGAUGGAUCCAUCAGCGCCAGCAGCCAGCAAACUUCUGAAGAAAUGUGGACAGAUCUACAACGGACAGUGAGUGAAUAA